AUGCAGACAGGAACAGCCUCCUUUACUAACAUGAGUAACGAACCGCAAAAAGUAAGUAAAAAUCAACCAACGAGUCACUGGAGUGUUUCUGCAUGUCACAUCUACUCUUCUGAGAGCAUCCAUGACAGGUUAGAUCCCUCUUUUGAGACGUUUCCUUCAAGUAUAAAUUCUAACUCAGUGGCAAAGGAUCCUUUGGUUUCCCAAAGUGUGCAUUUGUUGUCUUCAUUCGAAGGCGAUAACUCAAUAAAGGAUUCCGUGCAUGAACACGAACUUGACCAGAUGGAACCCGAAGGAGACUCUAGAGAGAUUGAAACAGCUCAAGAUUCCGGGGAUGCCCUCACCAACGCCUCUUUUUUUAUGAAUAUGGACAAUGGCGUACAACAAGGAACGUCAUCCGAUGCAGUAGAUAAUGGUGACAUCGCAAACGAAGCACAAGGUAGCAAAGGUAAAACCAUAUUUAAACAGUUUCGGGAUAAAUUAAAGUCGUUACCAAUUUUUAAUCAAGGGCGUCACUUUCGGUAUACGAGGGUUGAGGGUGAACAUCCUAACGUUCGUGGAGCCGAAAAUGAUGGAGUAUUUGCCAAUAUAACAGCCACCUCUGAAUCAGGUGAUCCUUUAGGUCGUGGAGAAGAGGAACUACCUUCUUACGAUGAAGCAGCUGCUGAUUCGGCACCAACAUAUUGGGAGUCUACUGUUGUUACUCCUGGCUACGAGGAUGAAGUUUUUGUGGAAGGUUUGCCAGUCGGUAAUCUACUCAACUUUUUCUGGAACUUGAUGGUAUCUGUGAUAUUCCAGUACCUCGGGUUCGUACUUACAUAUUUAUUACACACGUCCCAUGCUGCCAAAGAAGGAUCCUGUGCCGGUCUAGGUAUUACUAUCAUCACUUUGGGAUUUGAUUUACUGCCUUUUUCAAUUUUUCAUCGGAAUAAUGGACAAGCGAGCCGUUUUGAACCUGCUGCUCCCAAUGAUUACGACGUCGAUACUUCAGAAACUCUAGACGGGUACACUGAUGGAUUCACCAGUGCUUUGGACUCUGGAGCCAAGGUUGAGCAAGAACCUACUAGAUCGCCAAUUGCCGCAUACGCUUUGAUAGCGUUGGGAAUGUUUUUAUUUCUACGGGCAAUAGCUGGCUACUUUAGGGCCAAACGCAUGGAAAGAUUGAUUUUGAACCCAGUUACAAACCCAAGUCCCGUGUGA